AUGGAGUAUGGCGUUGGUUUUCCAGAUGGUGCGUGUGUGCCUCAAGACAAGUUGGACCAAACCGCUGCUUCAAUGGCUACUACCGUUGAUGGUGACAUUCCUCGGGAAGAUUCCUUCAAUUUAAUUGAUUUGACGGACCAACUCCCUUCUGAACAAGCCUGUAGUGCCCAACCGCUAAACAAUUCUGCUUAUACUUCGAAGUCUUUCGUUGAAGACCUUGCCGGUCUUCAGCCGGCUGUUGUUGAUACCCCCAAUCCACCAGUGGAUCCCUACACUCAGUGGUACCAUGUGAUGCAAAACUACUACAAACAGUUUUACCCCGGCUACGACUUCGGGAACUCGGCUCCAGAGUGUCGGCAACUGAUGCAGCAGCAACUGCGUCAUGUUCCUAAAAGCGUGGUGCCCCUGAUCCAGCCGACGACGCAGCCUGCACAACAGCAGCAACAGCCUUUUGCACUUCCAGGACUUCCUUCCUGGCCUGCGGUGCCUCAGCCACAUAGUCAAAAAAACCCUCCACAGUUUGCUGAUUACGCUGCAUACUAUUACCAAUACUAUCUUGGUGCUAUGGCUGCCGCAAACGGUUGGCCAAUUCCUAUGGGUCGCACUACCCCAAAAGUCUUCAUCGAACCACAUGCACGGGCCACCCUCUCCACCCCUGGAAUGCUGAUUCAGAUUCUUCCGAACCGUCCGCAGGAGGGUGAACCUGGUCGAGUUGAGCUUUUGGAUAUUAGUCAACUGGCGUCAGAUGUGGUGGCUGAAGUUGGUUCUCGCCUGACCCAGGUCUCAAUAUCUGCCAGGAAGAUGCAUCACAGCGGAAUCAUCUUUGCCAACUCCUAUCAGGGGUCUAGCGAGGGACCUGCCUCCACUUUGCCCGACAACGAAGAGAUGGAAGAUGAUGAGGUGGAGGAGGAAUAUAUGCGUUUGGUAAAUGCUUGGGAUCGCACUGAUCACAUUCUCUAUCCAGGCCCACUGUGCCAAGACACUACACUGAAACACGACGUCCAGGCUUUUUUGCGGGGCAAGGUUGAGGACAUUCAAGACAGAAUGCCCGUGGAUUGGGACUCCGCUAGCCUCCUUCUUGCCUACUUGGAACUGCUUGUGAAGAAUAAUGGGAUAGUACAUCCUGGCGAUGUAGUAAACCUCCUGCUAGGCAACGAGGGUUCAAGGCCCUAUGACUAUUCCUCAAGUGCCGUCACGCUUUCAGUCUCACCCUUCCCCGUUUGUCGGGUAUCCACUCUCCCUAAACUGAGCCGUCAUGGCUCCUUCCACUACCCAACGCCUGGUGCUGCUGGCCGUGGCAUUAUGGAUGAGUCGUCGGGGUGUGAGUCGCCGUGUCUUCUUACUCAUGCCUCAUCAACGGUGGGCUUUUCGCAGCUGCAGCAACAACAACAGAGGAGUGCUUCUGCCUCCUCAACGGGUGGGGCUUCGGUGUCGAGGCUAAUGAGAAAUGGACUACUGGCUGACCUGGGUGGGGCACAGGAACGUGAGGCGGCCGCUCUUCAAAGGUUCAGAGAGCUGCUGAUGCACGGUCACCCGCUGAAGGCAUUGGAUCAGGCCUGCCAGCAGCAGCUGUGGGGUCACGCCUUCGCCCUGGCCCAGCGUCUUAGCCCGGUACUCCUCGAGCGCGUAAUGGAGAAGUUCCUUACUCGCGCUGUUCACCCCCACGACCCUCUCCUCACUCUCUACCAACUCACUGCUGGUGAAAUUCCUCGCUCUGUUGAUCAACUCGCCUACGCUGUUGGUGCAGACACGGGCGACUGGCGUCCGCAUCUGGCAAUGCUCUUAUCCGCCCCCGAGGGCCACGAGGACCUGGCGCUCGAGGCCCUCAAACGCAUGGGCGAGUCGCUGCUGUCCCGUCGCCUCCUCUUUGCAGCACACCUGUGUUUCCUCCUCGCCGCCUCAUCGGCUGCCUCCGCCCCACCACACAUGCCCUCACGUAUUUGGCUCAUUGGUCUCGCCAUGCCCAAGUCGGAGGAGAGGGGCUUCCCUGCAGAAGAUGGGCACUUUGUCAUGACUGCGACGGUGGAGCGGGCGCCUACAGAGGCAGUACAGCUCACUGAAAUCUACGAAUAUGCGCUUGCUCUGGCAACCCGUGACCGACACUUCUUUCUGCCACAUUUCCUUCCUUUCAAGUUCGCCUACUGCCUUCGUCUAAUCGACGCAGGCCUCAUUGAGAAGGCCUUCCGCUAUCUGGAGGUUUUGAGCAACUCCCUCUCCACGCUGUUGGAACAGGAGGUGGAGGAGCCCGAUCUACAGCCAACAGACCUGCGUGGUCUCUUCCUCAUGGCUUCCCAGUGUCUCCGACUGUCUGAAAAGCUCUGUCUCCAUCCCGAGGUGGGUAGCUUCGAGGCCUCCCCUGCCUCAGACAACUAUCUCGGUGGUGGUGCCUCUUCGAGAUCUCAUCACUCCUCUCAGUGGAUGGAACGACUUCGUAACGUGUAUCAGCGUGUGUGCAGUAUGUUUGGUUUACCGAAUGCAGACCGGCCCUACCUGGAUCCGGUGCCCACACCUUUGAGGCAAGCACCUGAAGAACAACAACAACAACCGCAGCCUCAACGACCAGAAAUUCAAAAUUUUGCACCACCGUCGUAUUCGAAGCAACCCUUGGCUCUAAACAAGCAGCCCGAACCGCCACAUCGGCAGCAGCAAAAUACCUAUCAGCAUCAAAAUCAACAGCCCCCUCAGACUCACCAGCAACAGUCGAUUCUAUCGCCGGGUCACAAUUCUGCAGUUGCUGACACUCAUCUACCUCCGCAAACGAUCACUCAUUGCAUCACUUCGUCACAGGGCCAACCACCAUCUUCGCCAUCCUUCCAACCAGAGAUCCCUUCAGCGAAUGAUACCUGCUUUCAAAAACACGAACCACUGCAGAACCAAUACCAGGAACCCGUGACACCCAACAAGGCGACGCCAUCGUCUCCCACCGCAGAGCAGUCUGUCAGCUCUCACCAGGCUUUCUUUGUGCCCUCAUUGCACUCUUCUAAUCCCAACGCCGCCUCCGCUGCUUCUGAAACCUUCGGCUACGACUACUUUGCCGAAAUUGCUAGCUCUCAGCCGAUCCUCCGAUCACGAACUGUGUCGAUGGCUAGUUCGCACGACGGCUCGACAAUGGCCGGCAGUCCAUCUCCCACGAGCACAACUGCAUCUCCCUCGUCCUCGACGCUUCAGUCUCAAGUGGCACGUCGAGUCAGCAACAGUGGAUCCCUCUUGCGUGAUCAACGUUCUCGCAACUCUACAAGUCGUGCUAGUCCAGUGAUGACUAGCGGCGGUGGUGAUGAUGGUGAGGCGAAACGCGGUCACCCUGCAUUCACUACCGCUCCCCCACAGCCUCCUAUUGUCAAGGCGCCAACAGCUGAUAACCAUCGACAGCCAUCAGAGCAACCGCAGCUGCAACAGCCCCAGUCGGAGGAGAAAAGCGGAGCGACUUCGGGCAAGUCGGGCUGGUUCUCUGGUCUCUUUGGACGCAUGAGGGGUGGUGGCCAGGAGAUCUACCUACCGGAUGAUUCAAACCCGUCUAUCGUGUGGAAUGAAGCCGCAGGCUGUUGGCAAGAUGUGGAGGGUGGUGAUUUGGAAGAAACAGUACCACCGCCGCCUCCUCCUCCAUCGGUGCCUACCGCUGCGUCGCUUCCUCCGGGACACACCGGUGCGGUGCCACCACUGCUUCCACCGACCCUCCGCUCCUCCGGUGGCGGCGCUAGCACUCGCACUCGCUACGUCAACGUUCUGGCCAGUUCCGGUGGUGGAACGACGAAGGCUGCGACUCUCACUCCACCUCUACCCACCCCCCACCCCUUAUGA